AUGGCCCCUCAAGUCGAUCCUGCGAUCGUUCAGGCCCUUGGGCUGGACCCCGACCAAGCCAAAAUGGCCUCACACGGUGGUGGGGGUUUCUCAUCCACAUUCAAGGUCUCCUGCAUGGUGAACGGAGAAACCAAGACUUUCUUCGUUAAAACUGGCUCAGGGAAGGAUUCAGACAUCAUGUUCCAAGGAGAACACGCCUCUCUCAACGCAAUCCACAAUGCCCUCCCUAACUUUUGCCCUCGAUCCUACGCUCACGGAGCCAUGGAUACGUCUCCCAAUAAAUUCUUUCUCGCCACUGACUUCCUCGAUCUCGGCUCCGCUGCUCCCGGUGGCUCAGGUCUCUCCCUUGCUGCCAAGCUCGCCAAACUCCAUUCGACCCCAGCACCAGUACCUGAGGGCUAUGACAAGCCCAUGUUCGGCUUUCCCGUCACAACUUGCUGCGGCGAUACCCCUCAGGAAAACAGUUGGAAGGAGUCAUGGGCCGAUUUCUACGCUGAGAAUCGCCUUCGCAGUAUAUACCGCGCCUCGGUGAGGAACAAUGGGCCAGACCGUGAGGUGGCGGAUGCCGUGGAGGCAGUGGCCAGCCAAGUAGUCCCCCGGUUGAUUGGGGACGAAACAGUUAAAGGGAUUAUUCCGGUCGUGGUCCAUGGUGAUUUGUGGAGUGGGAACCAUUCUCGGGGUCAGAUUGCGGGCAAGGGAGGUGUUGAGGAAGUGGUAUAUGACCCCUCUUCCGUGUACGGGCAUUCAGAAUAUGAGCUUGGAAUCAUGAAGAUGUUUGGAGGGUAUAAUGGUAAAUUCUGGGGUGAGUAUGAAAAGCUGAUGCCUAAGGCGGAGCCGAAAGAGGAAUGGGAAGACAGGAUCCAGUUGUAUGAACUAUAUCAUCAGUUGAAUCACUAUUCCAUUUUUGGUGGGGGCUACCGUGGUGGUGCCAUGGCCAUCAUGGGGAGGCUCAUAUCAAAGUAUGGAAACUAA